AUGUUGAAUUCUGGAGAACACGAUGCAUUACUAGUGACUGGGCCCGAUCAGAGUUGCGUGAAGAAGAGGAGGCAAUGUGCGACGGCCAUGCGAUCAAGGGGGCUGCGAUGGCCGUUGUUGAUCCUUUCUGCCAUCCUCAUGUUCGCCAUCUAUCAAUUUCAAACUCCGGCCCAACCCAAAAACGAAAUGUCUCGAGAGCAGUUUCUUGAUAUCGUCAAGGAACGGAUUGCUAGCCCAGCCUUUCGUGGGGAAUAUUGCUGGAAGGAAACGUGUUUUAUUCGACGGUCCAGCGAGAGUGGUGAAACCAACACACUGGCAAAUGUGAUAUUGGUGGAAGCGGCGUUAUUGAUACCAACAGAGUACACCCUCGAAAAUACCGACACCAGCCGCUGGAAGGUCGAUAAGAAAUUCAUCCCAAAAAUCGGGUACCUAUUCUCGAUGAUAUCUGCCAUAUUUGCUACUCAGUCCUUGGGGAUGACAGAAACGGUAGCUGGUGAUAUACUCUUCAUCGGGCUGGGCGGUGGGAUGAACGUGACGAUGGUCGACAUCAACCCGGCUACGAAACCGAUGGCUAUCGAGCAGUUUAAUGUUGUGGAAGACAAGCUUUCCCGCAUUAUAAUCCAAGACGGCGUCCAAUUCGUAAAAGAUCAGCUGGCGCUUGGGAAUGACAAUAUUUUUGACGCUAUUCUGAUAGAUGCUUGUUACAACGAUGCAAAGCAUGACAUGCUUUGCCCUAUCGAAUUUUUUACUGAAAAGGCUUUUAUCAGGAAUUUGAAGAGUUUUAUCCGGAAGAGCGGUAUAAUCGUCUUUAAUCUACUAGUAAUUGGCCAUAAGAAGCUGAAAAUCGAAAAAGAAGUAAGACUUCUA